AUGGUGUACAUCAAGUCUUGGAAAGACUUUCGGACCGCUGCCGAGAGCCUCUACGAGAAGAGUCCAAAUAGGGCUCGAUGGGUUGUGAAAUAUAAUGCCUCGAAAGGCAUUUUAGACCUGAAGAUAACGGACAAUUUCCAAUGCAUCAAGUAUAAGACGAAGUCCUCAUCCGUCGUCAACCGAUUUGAAGCGCUAAAUCUCUCCCUCAUGAGGAAGAUGCAAAACAGGAAGCCACCUGCCCUAGUCCAAAUCCCAGCUCCAAGUGCACCCUCCCCUGUACCCACUGCACCCACUGUGCCUCCGGUGGCCGCCGCCUCAAGCGCCGGGGAAAGUGCUGCUGCAAGUGCAUCGAAAAAGAAGAAGUCAAAAAGGAAGUAGGGCUAUGGUCUAUGAUGCAAUCAUAUUAUUCUUGUUAUCGACCCACGUCUCCUUUUCGACAUUGGUUCGGUCGCCUUUCCUUAUCUUUCGCCUUUGGAAGGCUCCACCAUGGGUCAUGUUUGAACUGUGUGCCGUAUUUCACAAUUCACCGUGGUUCCAGGGCCAGUACCUUGCAAUCCAGGACACUCAGCUACGAGCCCCUUCGACCCAACUUGUACAAAGUUAAAGACGCCACUUCCGUUCGUCAUAAGCCAAUGAUUGUUUGUUUUGUGUAGUCAUCAUUGCUAAGUCUGAAGUCAUACAUGUCUACAUUGCUCUCGUGGAG